GUCGCGCGACGAAGAUAUUUACGUCACCGGGAUGUCUGGCUGUUUUCCGAAAUGCGAGAACGUCGAGGAGCUCUUCGAGAGCCUUCGCGCGAAGAGGUACAUGCUGGACGCCGUGCCCAGACACUGGAAGGUGAUGUUUCCCGAGGUUCCUCCAACGAUCGGCAGAAUAAGCCACUUGGACCGUUUCGACGCGGGCUUCUUCGACGUCCACCGUUAUCAGGCGAACGGGAUGGAUCCGGGUUCCAGGAAGUUGCUGGAGAAGUCCGUGGAGGCGUUACUCGAUUCUGGCACGAACCCCGACAGCUUGAGGGGGUCCGCUACUGGCGUGUUUAUGGCGAAUGGGCUAUUUAACGAGUGCGAGGAGUACCUCCUUUACCAGGACUUGUCCAGUCCACAUUUCGGGAUAACGGGUGGCACCAGAUCUAUGCACGCGCAGAGGGUGAGCUACUUCUUGGGUUUGGAGGGACCGGUGGUGAACGUGGACACAGCGUGUUCGUCGUCCUUCUACGCCCUGGAGCACGCUUUCCGCGCGAUCAAGCUGGGGCUGUGCGAGAACGCAAUCGUCGGCGGUACCAGCUUUUUGUUGAACUUCCGGGUGCACUCGGGUUUCUUCCAUGUUGGCAUUUUGGAUAAGGAGGGAAUUGGCAACGUCUUUGACGAUUCCGCCGGUGGAAUCGUCAGAUCGGAAACGGUCGCCGUGAUUUUCCUGCAAAAGAUGAAGGACGCCAAGCGGAUCUACGCCAAGGUCGUGCAUACCAAGACGAACUGCGACGGGUACAAGCCCGAGGGAAUUUUAACACUGUCGGAAAACGUCAAGCAAGAGCUGCUGGAGGAGACCUACACCGAGGCUCGGGUUGACCCCAGACUCGUUAACUUUGUAGAGGCUCACGCUACAGGUACCAAGAUGGGGGAACCCCCCGAAAUAUCCGCGCUGAGCAACGUCUUCUGCGCCGAUCCCAGAACACCCCUCUACAUCGCGUCGGUAAAGUCAAACAUGGGGCACUCAGAGGCAGCGUCCGGGAUGGGUUCGCUCAUUAAGGUCUUACUGGGCAUGGAAAACAACUGCCUGCUUCCGAAUAAGACACUUACCAAAAUGAGAAGUGACAUUUCGGCGCUGUGCGAUGGAAAAAUCCGCGUUCUCACUGAAGUUAUGGAGGAUCGCAGUAAAUAUGUCGGUAUCAACAACUACGGAAUUGGGGGUACGAACGCGCACCUCAUUUUGGAGCGGGCCGAAUCUUGCACUCCCGAAUUUAGGGGAGGCCACCGCCUAAUUUGCAUCAGUGCACGAACCCGCGAGUCGUGCGAGCUGACCUUCAAAAGCGCCACCCUUCACGCCCGCAAUGAAAAUUACCUCUCCCUCCUCCAAAGCACGUACAGGGAGAACAUUGCAGGAUUUCACUGGCGGGGGUUUCUGUUGCUCCAAGACGGGGAAGACGUGGCAAGGUCCGUUGAAUUUUGCCGAGAAAAGCGGAAGCAGUUGCGUGUGUUAGCGGGCGGUGAGGCGGAGGAGUGGGUUGAGGUUUUUCACUCGAUCAAGGACCUAUUUCGCGAGGAUCUCUACGGGAUUUGUAAGGGGGUUGUCUUUGAGAAAAUGAUGCAAAACCUAGAACUGGGCGAGGAAGAGAUGACUAUGGCGCGAGAUCUCUCCCAGCUCGCGCUGAUCGCGGUUUUGGAACGGUUACGGCUUCCAACAGAGCUUACUGAUUUGCCGAUCAAAAACCAGGUCACCCUCCUAGGGGUUGAGUCACAGCCACAACACGUUCCGCUCCAGAACAACUUUCUUGUAUCAUUAGGAAGGCUGUACCAACUCGGCUUCAAUCCACGGCUGGAGCAGCUUUAUCCACCACCCGCUUGGCCGGUGAAGGCGCCCCUAAUUUCACCGUCGAUUAAGUGGAACCAUGAGGAAUCGUACCACUACCACGACUUUAAGGUCAACCUGCAGUACUGGGCGAAGGUCUUCAAGGUCUCGCUCGGCGACGAUGAGCUUCUCUCAGGUCACGUGGUCGACGGUCAACUUCUGAUUCCGGCGACGCUCUACCUUUCCAUCGUUUGGAGGACGCACCUCGAGCACUCCGACCUGCUGCUCGAGGAAGGCAAGGUCGUGUUCGAAAACGUCAGGUUUCUCAAGAAGUUGGUUCUUUCCACGAACCGAUUUCAGUCCAUCCAGCUGACGGUGCAGAUCUGCAAGGUGUCGAAGAAGUUUGAGGUGUUCCACGGGGAAAACGUCCUGGUUACGGGUAUCGUACGUUCUGCUUUGGCACGCGAGACCAUCGACGACUCGCCGAUAGCCACCACCACCGGCAAGGUCCUGAAGGAGGCCGACGUGUAUAAGUCGCUCAAACUCGUCGGUUACCAAUACAAGGGGGAGUUUCGCGGAUUGGAGAGGAUCAGUUACGAUGGAUCCGACUCAAUGGUUAAGUGGAACGGAAAUUGGAUGACGUACUUGGACGGAAUCUUCCACAUCAUGUGCGUGAAGGAGAAGGUGUCCGUGCUGCGAGUGCCAACCUACCUCGGGUAUCUAACGGUGGACGCUCCACGUCACUUGAUCCGGUUGAAGGACCAGAAGAAGGACUCGGUGCGCGCCUUGUCGGCUCACAAUUGCAACUUUAUCAGAUCACCAGGGGUCGACCUGAAAUCGCUACGUACAACUCCCGUUGGUCUAAGGAAGAAACCUCCACCUACCUUGCAAGCAUACCGCUUUGUUCCUCUCAUAGGCAAGCUCUCACUGGAAGUUGCCAUGAGAGUUAACACCCAGCUCGUCUUGGAAAACACCCAGGAAAGAUCCAUAACGGCGACUGAGGUAAUUGAAGGACAUCCCCAGCCGCUGCUGUCGACUUUAAUCCACGAGGCUCUAUUGGACGAGCCAAGAGCUCUAGGUCGUCUCAGAGUAUUUUCAGAAAUGCCCCUCGACCAUGACCAUUUCAGCGUGGAACGGCGAUCGAUCUCCGACCUGUCCAAUGACAACGACCUGGUGAUCGUUUCCGAUGCGCUUACAAGACCGACGAUCCUCUCGGCCAUUUUCGCCAGGCUACCAGAGGGUGGGUUCGUACUGUCACGCGAACCCAUCGGAACGUUCACGAAGUGGUCACCUGAAGACCUUGUAUCGGUCUACCAAACCGAUGCGGAGGAGUUGGUUCUUCUUCGCAAAUGCGUCAAGGUCUCCCCGCUGGUGGUUCGCGUAGAUUUCUCGAUGACGUGGUUAGAUGAGGUGAAGCGGGCCGUGGCGCGCGCGCAAAACGUUCUGCUGGUAUCCGACGGAGACGCGACCAGCGGACUCGUAGGGUUGGUUAACUGUUUGGUGUUGGAGGUGAGCCGCAAGCUGCUCACGUGCUGCCUAAUGGACGUCGCGUUCGACGAAGGUGCCCACGCGAAUCAGCUGCGCAAGGGCUUACUGAUCAACGUGAUGAGAGACGGCGAGUGGGGGACCUAUCGUCACCUACCUCUCGGGUUGGAGACGCAAAACUGCGAGCACGUCGUGGGCAGAUUCAUCAGGGGAGACACGACGAAGGUCAGGUGGAUUGAGGGUCCUCUCAGCGGAUCGAUCCCCCAGGGGUUGGUCCACGUUUACAGCUGUGCGUUAAACACCAAGGACGCGGUCGAAGCUUCCGGGACGUUCACCACGAACCCGUCGACGCGGAGGUUUACCGAAAACUACUGCGCCGGGAUCGAAAUCGCUGGUAAGGACGCGAGUGGCAGACGAGUUAUGGGGUUGGUGCAGGAUGGUGGACUUUCUAAUUUAGCGGUAGCCGAUGAGUUUGCACUGUGGGAGUUUCCAAGGGAGUGGUCGAUGGAGGACGCGGCAACCGUACCUUUUGCUUAUAGCAACGUGGUCUGGGGACUUAUUGAGGUGGCGAGGAUCAGGCGGGGGCAGAGCGUCUUGGUGCGCGCUGUGGAUGACCUGGUGCUUGCGACCAUAAACAUUGCGCGGUUUUACAAGUGUGACAUUUUCGCGGUCGUCGGGUCCACGCAACAAUGGAAAACCGUGAAGAUGCUGCACCCUUCGAUUCCAGCAACGCACCUUCACCUUACAAGAGAUUGCGCCAAUGACGAGGUCAUCAUGAGGGAGACACGCGGAAGAGGCGUUGACCUCAUACUAACGGACGAUGCACCCCGAACCCCUCCUACUUGCUUGGCUAAAGGUGGCCAAUACCUGGCAAUUGGCAAGCACGAUUCCCUGACGAACGCUGCGCUUCGUUUUGACGUUUGCAGCAACCGAACGGUUCGUGGAGUUCACCUGGACAAUCUGCAAAAAUGCUCGUGGAAGCGGCUCAAGCACCUGGUGGAUUGCGGAAUUCGUCAUGGGUACAUCAAACCUCUUCCCAAGGUGGUUUGUGGAAGUGAUGGAGUCGUUGAGGCACUAAGCGAAAUUUCACGAAGUAAAAACGCGGGGAAAACGGUGGUCAGGAUGCAAGAGGAAGGCAAACCACGGCGCACAUACAAAGCCAUGCGAAAAUAUUUUUGCCACCCUCGUCGUGUAUACAUCAUAGUGGGAGGUCUUGGAGGGUUUGGCCUCGAGCUGAUAGACUGGCUUGUAGCUCGCGGCGCUAGGAACCUAAUAGUCGUCUCCAGAGGAGGGCACCUUACCUCAUACCAAAGCUACAAGUUGCAGGGUUGGAUUGAAAGUGAAGCCUCCGUGAACGUGAAGACAGCGGACCUUAGCUCGAUGGCAAAUUGCGAGGCUCUUCUCGCCGAUGCCUUGCGCCAGGGCGAGCUCGACGCCAUCUUCAACCUAUCGGGAGUGCUUCGCAACGCUCUCUUCGACAAGCAGACCCCGGAAACGUUCAGCCUGGUGAUGCUCCCAAAGGCGCUCAUAACCUCAAACUUGGACAAAGUCAGCCGGCGUUUAUGUCCACAAUUGAGGUCCUUCGUAACCUUCUCCUCGAUUUCCUGCGGUAAGGGCAACCUGGGCCAGACCAAUUACGGCAUGGCGAAUUCGGCAAUGGAACGCAUCUGCGAGAAUCGGCGGCGGGACGGGUUCAGCGGGCUCGCUGUGCAGUGGGGACCGAUUCAAGAGGUGGGAAUGAUGGCCGAUUGGGAUGCGGACGCGGAAAUUGCUGGAGUUCGACUGCAGGCAAUCUCCUCGUGCCUUGAGGUGCUCGACUCACUUCUAACGCAACCCGAGGCGAUAGUGUCGAGCUUUGUUGUCGCCGGGAAGCUCGCCGAGAAGUCCGUUGGUGUCGAUCUCGUCUCCGAUAUAUGCGAAAUGCUAGGUGUACGACGGGAAGGGGUUGGGAUGUACACACCUCUGGCUGAUCUGGGGAUGACCUCAGUCUCCAGUGCGGAAAUACUGCACGCUUUAGAAGGGAAAUUUCAGCGGUACGUGUCAUUGGCGCAACUACGGAGGAUGACGUUGCAAGAUGUCAAGGAGGUUGAAGAAAGCUAUGAUCGACAACGUGGUUUCUGAAUUUUGAUCAGUUGCCCCACGAUAUUUUAGUUUAAGUCUGAAUAAAGUUUUGAUUUAUUUAU